AUGGCCGGGUUUCAGCGGCUUGAAGCCAUCGAGUGGAACGAAAAGUAUCUGUCCUCAGCCAAACACGACCUUUCAUCAUCGGCCGCCUCAAACAUCUCCUUGUCUGAACUACUUGACAUCUCAGAGGACAGACCGGGUUCCGAAAAGGCCCUGAGACUGCAUGAAGUAAAGCUUCAAGGGAACGAUACUGGCUUGGGCAGCAUUGAUCUACGGAAAAACCUGGCAGCCCUCUACUCUGUGCGCUCUGCGGGGGUGACCGAACACGAUAUUAUAAUUACCAACGGAGGCACUGCUGCAGACUAUACAGUAUUCUCCGCGCUGCUGACCUCUGGGGAUCAUGUCAUUUGCCAACACCCUGUUGAUGAACUGCUCUAUAAGAUACCUGCAUCUCUGGGCGUGGACGUCACUUGGUGGAACGCAGACCCAGCGAAAAAGUGGGCGGUUGAUGUUGACGAGUUAAAGGCAUUGAUCAGGGACAAUACAAAAUUGAUUGCGAUCCAAAGUCCUUGUGACCCUACAGGUGCUAUAGUGUCCAAACCCACUCUCGAGGCCCUCGUUGAAUUGGCAGAGGAAAAGGGAAUAACUAUUCUGGCGGAUGAGACCUACAGGCCUCUUUUCCACUCGAUAUUGCCAUCCGACGAUGAUUUUCCACCCUCAACGAUCAACCUGGGCUAUAAGAAAGUCGUCGUGACAGGAGGGGUAAGUAAAGCAUACGGUUUAGCAGGAAUAAAAGCCGGGUGGAUUGCGACGAAAGACAGAGCCAUUCUCGAAGCCUGUAGGGGAACUAGGCGUCUUGAGUCCACAAUUGCAUCAACUUUAGAUGAGGUGGUUGCUGCAGAGGCCCUGAAUGAGAGGUGCAUUCACGCGUUGUUAGCAAGAAACAUCAGGUUAUGCCAAACAAACCUGGGCCUGCUGCAAGGAUUUGUCGAAGAGCACAACUGGUCAUGUUCAUGGGCCGAGCCACGAGCUGGAACAACAGUAAUGCUCAAGUUCCACAAGAUGGGAAAGCCCAUCGACAGUGAGCAGUUUUGUUCAAAGUUACUCGAAGAGUCUGGGAUCCUUCUCUGUCCCGCAAGCAAAUGUUUCGGAGACAGUAGAGCUCUUCGCGGGUAUGUGAGGGUCGCUUUCGGAGGCUCGACGCAGGAGGUGAAAGCUGCACUUGCGGCGUGGAGGUCAUUCAUGGAAGAAAGCUUCGACUCGGUACCGACACUGUCGACUCGGUCAAACAGCUGA